CUCACUCCAGAAGGCGGGGCGUGAGACGUGUUGACAAUUUGGGCUGCGAUGAUUGGUGUAAAAUAACCAGCUUUUCUAUUUAUCGAGGCUGUCAGCGGGAGGUCUUCUGUUAUCAAGGCUAGCCGACAGGAGUGAUGCCGAACAUGAAGUCCGUCACUUUAACAGGGAGCUUUUAGGGGGGGGGUUCGAGUCACAGCUUCUGAAAAGGCUUAGUAGGGAGGCUGCCCACAAAAGAGGGGGCACGCUGAGCAGGACUUUAGGAUGACCGUGGGUCCGAGGAAGCGCAGCAGCAGCAGCAGCAGCGGCGGCGGCGGCGGCGGCGGCGGGGGGGGCAGUCACUCGGAGCUCCAAGUCUCCCACUCGGGUGUGUGGAAAGAUGCAGGAGGAAGCUCUGGGGUGGCUCUGAAAAAACAGAUCGGCCUAGUCAGUGCCUGUGCCAUUAUAAUCGGCAACAUCAUUGGAUCAGGGAUUUUUGUGAGUCCAAAGGGGGUCCUGGAGAAUGCUAGCUCCGUGGGUGUGGCCAUCAUUGUGUGGGUUACCACUGGAGUUAUCACAGCCAUUGGUGCUCUCUGCUAUGCCGAGUUAGGUGUGACCAUUCCCAAGUCAGGAGGAGACUACUCCUAUGUCAAGGACAUCUUUGGAGGACUGGCAGGGUUUCUGCGUCUGUGGAUUGCAGUGUUGGUUAUUUACCCCACUAACCAGGCUGUGAUUGCUCUCACUUUUUCAAACUACGUCCUGCAGCCCAUCUUCCCCUCCUGCCUCCCCCCAGAGAGUGGCUUACGCUUGCUGGCUGGUGUCUGCCUGAUGUUGUUGACGUGGGUGAACUGCUACAGUGUGCGCUGGGCCACAUGUGUCCAAGAUGUCUUCACCGCUGGCAAGCUUUUUGCCUUGGGUCUCAUCAUUGUCAUGGGUGCUGUCCAAAUAUGCAAAGGUCACUAUUACUGGCUGGAGCCGGCACACGCCUUUGAGACCUUCCGAGACUAUGGUGUCGGUCAGAUAGCUUUGUCCUUCUUACAAGGCUCCUUUGCUUAUGGAGGCUGGAACUUCCUCAACUACGUCACAGAGGAGUUGGUUGAUCCAUACAGGAAUCUACCACGUGCGAUCUUCAUCUCUAUCCCCGUGGUCACCUUCGUUUAUGUGUUUGCCAACGUGGCCUACAUCACAGCCAUGAGCCCGCAGGAGCUGCUGGCCUCCAACGCUGUGGCAGUGACAUUUGGAGAGAAAUUGCUAGGAGUUAUGUCAUGGAUUAUGCCCAUCUCUGUGGCGCUCUCCACCUUCGGGGGGGUCAAUGGCUCCCUCUUCACGUCGUCGCGGCUGUUUUUCGCCGGAGCGAGGGAAGGCCAUCUCCCACGUCUGCUGGCCAUGAUUCACGUCACACGCUGCACUCCUAUCCCAGCUUUACUGUUUACUUUGAUUUCCACUCUGCUGAUGUUGUGCACCAGUGACAUUUACACCCUCAUAAACUACGUGGGUUUCAUCAACUACCUCUUCUAUGGGGUCACUGUUGCCGGGCAGAUUGUGCUGCGCAUCAAAGAGCCCGACCUGCAUCGACCCAUCAAGGUGAGCCUGAUAUGGCCAGUGAUCUAUCUGCUGUUCUGGGCCUUCCUGCUGGUGUUUUCCCUUUACUCUGAACCAGUCGUCUGCGGUAUUGGUCUGGCAAUUAUGAUGUCUGGUGUCCCUGUAUAUUUCCUGGGAGUAUACUGGGAAAACAAGCCGCAGUGUUGUGAUUUUACCAUUGGUAAACUGACUCAUCUGUGCCAAAAGCUCUGUUUGGUGGUCUAUCCAGUCAUGAAGGAGAACGUGGCGCCCCAUGGACCUCAAAACAAAGAUGGAGAAGACGAGCCCUCAAACGUCUGAUGUGCAUUAUAAAAAACACAGACAAUGUCUCACACUUUUUUUGGGAGGAAAAGGCACUUGGAGAAAACUCAGAAAACUUAGCAUACAUAUUCACUUGUUUUACAACGCUGGACUUUCUAGCUCUAUUUUUGACUGCCCUUAAGGCUAACCACCAUUUCAAUGUAUAGCCAGGGAACAAAUGUUUGAGAUGAAUUAUGAAUUAAUGAAACACUGAAGUUUUGAUAUUUGACACAUUUUCACAUUAGAAUUUAAGACGUUGUCCUUUUGUUUUGUCUUUUAUGGUUUGCUGUUUGGGUCUUGGAAGUAGUGGAGAAAUAUUUUUAUAUGCACGCUGUAUUGUAUUGUUCAAGGUCUGUGUUUAUAAUCUCACCCCAUUAUAGUCGCACUAAAAUGACAAUUUCCAGCUGGUUUAAUGGGGUUUAUUCUUAUUGUAUAAAUGAUUCAUUAAAAUGUUUCCCUUUUAUUACAUAGAGGCAGAUAUGGCUUUGAAGAAUUAAGAUUAGCUUUUCCUUGCAUUUAGGGCUCCAGAUCUCUCGGCGGCUGGUGGAUUAUUUUUCCCUUUUUAAAAAUGUUCUCUUAAGAUGACGUGCUUUCUGUUUUCCAAAGAAGUAGUAAAAAAUGAACUGUCCACAUGCAUGAAGAGAGGUAACGUCAAAACACAGCUGUAUUCAUUUUCUUGAUUUAUUAAUCAAUAGAAAGCUCAUGGUAGAAAAUCCAAUUCCCCAAAGUGCGUUUUCAAUGCAUAUUUGGCAUAUAGUGACCAUCUACCUAAUUACUAAAGAUCUUGUGAUUUUUCUUAGGUAUUUGUAUCACCUGAAUUAUGUUUGACAUCUUUUGGUAUUGGUUAAAUGAUACUGGGGUGCUUAAUUUUCCUAAUGUAUUUUACUGUGCUGCCUUGUGCUGUAUACUGAGGUGGUGGUAUUAGUACCGUGCUCCCCUCAUUAAUGUUUCAUCCACCUGUUGGAACACCUGACGUAGAAGAGGCGGAGUCCACGCACAAUGAGCGAUCAAAUUGCGGAAGUCAUGGGCGGCUAUGACAAGCCUAGCUGGGUCAAGAUGUCACUUUGCCCUAAAUAAGAAAGGAAAAUACAUGAAUGUGCCUUCAAAAUAAAAGCCUGAAACCGUUUUGUACCCAAAUGUUACAUCAAUUGGAGAUUUUUGGUGGAGAACUUCUAA